UCAGCAAAAAUUUUGUUUGUACUUUUUGUAGGUAAUUCGUUUUCUAGAGCGCGUUUUUUGUAUUGUUCAAUAAAUCUGUCUUCUUAUUACAAAUUAUCUUUGAGUAAAUAAUAUUAUAAAUAGACUAUUUCAAACAACAAUGUCCGAAACAACUUUUGUAUCUAAACGUGGUCUAAUUCGAACCAAAGAACCUCGUGCAGAUACAUCCACCAAAUCCAAGAAUUUGGAUCUGUCCAUAACCCUCGCUCCAAGUGAAAUUCAAAGAAUUUUAGAUGGACACAACACCUCAAAUCUCAACAAAAGUGCCAACUUUUCCAUGUUGUAUGAAAGUACCAGCAAUAUCUUGGGAACAGAGCCGGCAAACAGCGAACGUUCGGUUCUUGAGAAUAAUGAGCUUGGAAUAAGGGAAAAAGCAAACAUGCUAUUUCCUCAGUUUCUUGAAGUGUUGCAAAGUCGCACAAAUGAUUCAGAAAUCUUUGAUACCAUUCAAGAUAUAAUUCACACAUGUUCUGGCAUUAUUGACGAACUUAAUCGAGAUGGAAUGCGUGGAAAUUAUGUCAAGCAAAAGUCUGAAGAGCAUUUGUGGUUCGAACAGGAGCACAACACUUGGAAACUGUUGUAUGCUUUGUACAAGGACCGAAUCAUGGUUCAAACCGAACACAUGGAUGAAGCCGUUCUCGGUUGUUCGGAUAAAGAAGUCAUAAAUCAACUUUAUACUUGCAACCCACACAUUCGAGAAUACCAACUGAUUGUUGAUUGGCUGGAGGCCUGCUAUGUCAAAGAUGAAGCAAUGCACGUUGGUCACUCAACCGACCGCACUGUUGCCUGGGAAAACACCCUCUUUCAACUGCAAAAUCCACACGAUGUUGCUUUUGGCAAUGGACGUGACACUAUCAAGUCUUUAGACCCAGAUGCUCCAAUCCGUGAGAAGAAGCCUCUUCAUCCGCUCGAUGAAGAAGACAACUUGCGACUCUCGAAAGGGAUUUUCGCUGAAAUACGUCAAGGACGCAUUGAUGAAGCCAUGGCACUAUGCAAGUAUUGUGGGCAAACUUGGCGAGCAGCUAUCUUAGAAGGAUGGCGGCUCCACGAAGAUCCCAACUACGAGUCUGCAAAUCCUAAAGAAAAGAUUCCAAUCGAAGGAAAUCCCCGUCGUGAUAUCUGGAAAAAGUGUGCCUGGAUGAUGGCUGAUAGCAACAAGUUCGAUGAAUACACUCGUGCAAUUGCAGGUGUUUUGUGUGGUCAUUUGGAAUCACUGAAAUCUUUGCUAAGCAAAUCCUGGCUUGACUUGCUGUGGGCCUAUCUCAAGGUACAAAUUGACAUCCGAGUUGAAAGUGAAAUUCGCUCCCUAAUGCCUCAAGAUUACUGGGACAACAAGAUGUCUUUGGAACAAAUAUUCGACGAACUUUCGGUUCACAAGAACGAAAGUGUAAAGCAGGCAGCGAAAAAUAAAAUGCACAUCAUCCAGAAGUACAUAAUUUUGGACAACGUUCCAGAGCUUUUGCAAAAGAUGCGCUCUUGGGUAGAUGAGGAAAAACUGUCCCCCCACAUGCUGCGAUUCCUCAGCCAUAUUGUGCUUUUCAUGCGACAAAUUGGGAAAGUUGAUAAGGAAGAGGUGGCCGAUGUGAUAAUCAAGGCUUACGUUGAAUGUUUGAUUGAUUUGAAAGAUCCACAGUUGGUUGCUUUCUAUACUGCUGGUCUGCCUGGAAAAAUGCAAAUAUUGCUCUACUCGAAAUUCUUGGAAACUAUUAAGGAAUCUCCAGCUCGAGCGGCAGCUUUGGAAGAAGCCGCUUCGGCUGGACUUGAUGUAGAGGGUAUAACCAGACACACAGUACAAACCAUACGCACUCGUGUGUUUGAUGACGAUGGUGAAGGAGAAGAAAAACGACAAGGAGAUAUCUCCGAAUCAGAACAAGAGAAAAUAAAAGUCCUGGAAUGGCUUACAUUCUAUCCGGAACAAAAGGGUGAACUUUUGUGGCAAGCAAAUGCUUUGUUUCGAACAUUUUUGGCUCAGGGAAAGAGCGAAUGCAUGCGUGCGGCUUUUGAAAUGGUCCCAGCAGACACAUUGUCACAAAUUAUUUCAUUGUAUGGUUCCAAGGAUAAUUUUCCUUGCCGCGAAGAAUGCAGCAUUAAAGAAUACCUCAGUUAUAAAGUUUAUUUGGUGGCUUUAGAUGGCUUCAAUGAUUGGUCUCAACUAUAUCAUAAUCGACCAAAAGAACCACAAGCUGUUAAUACGAAUGCUAAUUUUACAGAGCGAAUCGCAUCGGAACACAAAGAGCAGGUCUAUCGUUCGGAACUUGAUCGCUGGAAAAUGAAUUUGAAUGAACAAACAGCAGUUACUCGAGAUGCACUCUUCAACGUUCUCUUAUUCCCAGAAAAAGGCUGGCUUAUCGAUCCAGAAACUGCAAAGAAUCCCGUCGAUGUAGAUCAAUUAGAUUGGGAGAAUCGUUUGCAUCAGUUGCAAAAGCUUCGGUCUAUUUGUAUUCCUGAAGUUGUAUUGCUUCUGCAUAAAGUUCUCCAUCAGAGCGGUGACUACAAAGGUUGUAUUAAAUUGGCUGAUGAAAUUUCUAGCGAAGCAAGACAAUUAUAUAAAGUUUAUACAAAGCAUAAGCUAGCUGAAUUGCUUUCGAAAAUAUCUGAAUCGUGUCUAACAUUGCUGAAUGAGAAACUUGAUCCAUGGGGAUACCCAACUACGGCAUAAUAAUAAAUCAAUUGUUGUCAUUCAUAAUUAUUAAGUUUUUUUUUACACACCUCAAUAAAUUUCUUUAAAUUAA